AUGCAGCCCGAUCAGAGGAAAAAGGUAGAUGUAGAAUUCUUCACUGAAUAUGGUGAAGGUAGUCGGUAUCGAAUUGAGGAGGUAAUUGGCAAAGGUAGCUAUGGUGUUGUGUGCUCGGCAUACGAUACUCACCUCGGGGAAAAAGUCGCUAUCAAGAAAAUAAAUGAUAUUUUCGAGCACGUAUCUGAUGCCACACGGAUUUUGCGCGAGAUUAAGCUUCUCAGGCUCCUCCGUCACCCGGACAUUGUUGAGAUCAAACAUAUCUUACUGCCGCCUUCUAGAAGAGAGUUCAAGGAUAUAUACGUCGUUUUCGAACUAAUGGAAUCUGAUCUUCAUCAGGUUAUCAAGGCAAAUGAUGACCUGACGCCAGAGCAUUAUCAGUUCUUUCUUUAUCAGCUUCUGAGAGGAAUGAAAUACAUACACACAGCUAAUGUGUUUCAUCGGGAUCUGAAACCAAAAAAUAUCCUGGCAAAUGCUGACUGCAAGCUUAAAAUAUGUGAUUUCGGUCUUGCAAGAGUGGCCUUCAAUGAUACACCUACCGCAAUAUUUUGGACAGACUAUGUUGCAACUAGGUGGUAUAGAGCUCCCGAAUUGUGUGGCUCUUUUUUCUCUAAGUAUACACCUGCCAUUGACAUCUGGAGUAUUGGCUGCAUAUUUGCUGAACUUUUGACUGGGAAACCACUAUUUCCGGGUAAAAAUGUGGUUCAUCAAUUAGACCUGAUGACUGAUCUGUUGGGCACUCCACCUCCUGAAACAAUUGCAAGGAUAAGAAACGAAAAGGCUAGGAGAUACUUAAGUAGCAUGAGAAAGAAGAAGGCGAUUCCUAUGUCCCUCAAAUUCCCGAAUGCUGACCCAUUGGCCCUCCGUUUGUUAGAAAGAAUGCUCGCUUUUGACCCCAAGGAUAGACCUUCUGCCGAAGAGGCCCUUGCAGAUCCAUACUUCCGGAACCUGGCUAGGGUUGAGAGAGAGCCUUCGGCACAACCAGUGACAAAAAUGGAAUUUGAAUUUGAAAGGAGAAGGAUCACAAAAGAUGAUGUCAGGGAGUUGAUAUAUAGGGAAAUUCUUGAAUAUCACCCGAAGAUGUUGAAAGAGUACCUGGAGGGAGCUGAGCCCACGAGUUUUAUGUAUCCGAGUGCCGUUGACAAAUUCAAGAAGCAAUUUGCAUUUCUUGAAGAGCGUUACAGAAACGGAGCAGCUUCUCCACUUGAGAGACAACAUUCAUCAUCUCUCCCCAGGCCGGCUGUAGUGUACUCAGACAGAUCAAACCAGAGCAUGGCUGAUGUUCCCUGUGAUCUUUCAAAGUGCUCAACUAACGAACAAGUCGAGAAGCCACAAAUUGAUCGGUCUUCUCUACUUCCUGUGAUGUCAAGGUUACCUGCCGAAGUUUCGCCAAGUAUCCAAUGUAGAGGAGCUGCAAGGCCUGGGAAAAUCAUUGGCCCGAUGUUAGGGUACAACACUUGUGAAGCAUUGGGCGAGACAAUAGAUGAGCGAAAAAUGACAAGAAAACCUACCCUCCCAUCCCAGUAUGUGUCCUACCCUAGAAAACACCCGGGCUGUAAGGUUGAAGGGGGUGAAGGCGUGAAUGAAGGCCCGAAUGGGAUCCAGCCCAAGCCCGAUCUUUACAUGGCCAGAAAAGUUGCUGCGUCCCAGGGUGGGCCCGGGAAUCACUGGUUGUUAUAA